GAGUAGUCACAGGUUUUCCAAUACACACUCCAUUUGAUAUGUUUAAGUGUUGUUCACAUUUACAGGUUUGUCAGGGUGAAUUUUGAGUGAUCGAUAAGAGUCCACGUACAAUUUAUUUAAAAUGGAUUUCUACGCGAACAACAGCUUCUUAUCAAGGCGGCAGAAGCGCCAAUUGCAGCGGACCAGGAUGAACAAAGACCCACAGGUGCACGUGGUUCUCGACGUGGACGGAACCACGCCGCCUAUCACCGUCAUUUCCGGCGAGGAGAGGCAGUACUACGACACGCUGCAGAACCGCUGUAAGAAGACUGCCGUCUUCCGCCGGGAUUACAGGCUCCCAGAUGAGCCGCCGUUAGGAUUUACAGCUGUAUUGAAACGCUACAUGGCCGCAUGUUGCAGUGCGCAGUCACGCCGGAAUUUGCUCUCCAAUCGAUUUCCGGUCUGGAGAACUAUGAAAAAAUACAAAUGGCGGACUGAUUUACCAAACGACAUCGUCUCUGGAUUAACUGUUGGCAUAAUGCAGUUACCCCAAGGUAUGGCGUACGCUCUGCUGGCAGAGUUACCCCCAGUGGUGGGCCUCUACAUGGCGUUCUUCCCAGUGCUAAUGUACUUCAUUUUCGGAACAUCUCGACAUGUAUCCAUGGGUACCGUGGCGUUGAUCAGCCUGCUUACCGGCUCCGUGGUAUCUCGCUUCUACGACCCUAGUCUUGCUUCAGCUGUGUUGGGAGCCAAUCAAACAGAAGAAAUCCUCCACAACAUGACGAUUCCAGACAACGCAAAAGACGAACCAAUCGAGGUUGAGCUCCCGGAUCACGUGAAGAUCAAUAUUGCUGCGUCGAUUUGUCUGCUUGUGGGGCUAGCACAGAUGGUAAUGGGACUGUUGAAAAUGGGCUUCAUCACGACGUAUAUGUCGGACCCGCUGAUUGGCGGCUUCACAACGGGUGCCGCGGUGCACGUAGGCACGAGUCAGGUCAAGUACGCCCUCGGUCUUCACAUCCCCAGGUCCGACGGAGUCUUCCAAAUACCCAAGACAUACGCGCUAGUGUUCCGACAUAUCGGCGAGACGAGCGUCCCAACGCUGGUGGUCUCUCUGAUCUGCAUGGUGGUACUUUACAUCGUCAAAGAGCAGAUCAACCAGCGAUUCAAGAGCAAACUGCGCUUCCCCAUUCCCGUAGAGCUUUUCGUGGUCAUUGGUGCUACACUGGCGUCCCAUUUUAUGAACUUCGCAGGCAAAUACCACAUCAAAACUGUGGGAAAAAUACCGCCUGGUCUCCCGACCCCCACGGUACCCUCCUUUCCUAGCCCCGGGGUAUACUCGGCGGACGUGUUCAUCAUCGCCUUAGUAGCGUUCUCCCAGUGCGUCAGUCUGGUCGCUCUAUUCGCUAAGAAGCACGGAUACAGCUACGAUUCCAAUCAGGAGCUGAUAGCGUACGGUCUCGGGAACAUCUUCAGCUCGUUCUUCUCCUGCUACCCGUACGCUGCCUCGGUAUCUCGGAGCUCCGUGCAGGAGUCCGCCGGCGGUAAAACUCAGCUGGCCAGCGUGGUGUCUGCAGUAAUGGUGCUUAUAGUCAUUCUGUCCAUAGGUCCGCUGUUCGAAUCGCUCCCAAAUUGUGCGUUGGCCUCCAUCAUUCUCGUGGCACUGAAAGGCCUGUUCAUGCAGUUCCAGGACCUCCCGCAGAUCUAUCGGAUAUCCGUGUACGACUUUUUGAUCUGGGUUGUGACGUUCCUGGCCGUGGUUUUACUGCACGUGGACUUCGGCAUCCUGGUCGGCAUGCUAUUCUCCUUCUUCACCGUCGUUUUGCGGGCGCAGAGAACCAAGGCCGUAAAUCUGCAAAAAAUCAGCGACUUAUAUGUUUAUGAAAACAGCGCGAAAUACAAACAGACGGAGAGUGUUUCCGGUGUACGGGUUGUGGGAUUUAACUCUCCUGUCUACUACGCGAACGGGGACUUGUUUGUCAAGCAGGUUUACCACGCGGCCGGGGUGGUGCCGGAAAAGCGUCUAAAGAUGAUGAAGAGAAUGAAGCGAGAAACGGAAAACGAAAUCAAAGAAACGGACAACGAAAUCAAACAAAAUGCGUUCGUCACUGUAGUCAACGAAUCCAAAGAGCUGGGCUCAAUCCUGAGCCUCGAGAAGGCAGGUGCGGACACGAAGCGCAACGGAGGCUGGCUUCCGGUGCUCAACGGGUCCUCCAUGCAGAACAACAUGGUGCUGAGUGGAUCGGAGGAGGGGGCGCUGCAUCACAUCGUAAUCGACAUGGCGCACGUCUGCUUCGUCGAUUCCGUGGGGGCCAAAGUGCUGAAACAGUUGUUUUUGGAUUACGAAGCCGUGAAGAUCACAGUCCUGUUUUGCUGUGUCAACGACGAGGUGUGGCGGGUGUUGGACGAAACGGGAUUUCUGGCCGAGUUUGACGAUCGGAUAUAUUUGAACGUAGACGAUGCUGUGAACGCCAUCAUGUUGCAAUCCGUGAUACAAAGAGCGUCCGAAAUAAGGAUCCCGGCCGUCUCCAACGAGUAUAAAGAGAAUCUGCGACCAGACGCGCAGGAGAGCGACUCGCUACUCGAGCUCAAGAACGAAUCCAAACUGUGAGCUUGUGUGUAGAUGAUUGACCCAGGCUUGAAACUGAAACCGUUGAUUAACUAGAUUGUAACACGUUUGCAAGAUGGAUCUUCCGUGACGUGGAAGGUACGAGUAAUUACAGUAACCAAUCACAGGCAAUUCAUCAGAAACCACAGAAGCGAUUGACGGAUUCUUCACAUAAGGUGGCACCAAGGUGUAAAUCUGAGAACACAAUUCAAUGUGUGCAUGAACAUUGUUAAUCAAAGGGGUUUUGAGGAUUUCGCUAUUUAGACUCGCUAUACAAAUCAUUCCAUGUUUAAAAUACACAUGUUUAAGGUAAACAUGCUUCCUGCUUUACAAGUUUUACAUAUUUUUAAUAAUGUGCAUUCGGACAGUUUUAUGUCCCACACAAUCCCGUUGUGUGUAUAUUGCAUUUAACUGUAGCUAGUCAAUUCGUCAGCUAGGCCUGCCAAUAAUAUGUAUACAUUUUGUACUUUAACCUGUACGUGUUUUUUGUAGCCAAGCAAUGAUCUGAUUUUUUACUUCUACUUAUUCUACUUAAUUUUACUGUGCACUUAAUUCGUUAACAUAAUAUAUUUUGUAAUACAAGACUUUUAGUAAAAAUGCCUGAUGUGUGUUACAGUUUUAUGGAGUUUCAAAUGAGCUUUGUAUGAGAGAUGUGUGCUACUUUUCUUGGUCAAUACCAGCAUUCAGUUUUGUAAUAUAAUGUACUAUAGGGAUGUUUUCAUGCUUAUGGUUUCAAACCUGACUCUAAAAAUGCGAGUGUGCAUUCGGCGUUCAAUGAUUGUAUAUGAAGCUAAGUUGUAUGACAUAUUGAACAUGUUUUUGUACAUUUCAAUAACCUGUAUGCAUUACAUGCGUAUAAAAAUGUCUCGUAUUUACACGUAUGCAAAUGACUGGGGAAAACAACAAUAAUUCAUCCAUAUUGAUGAAAAUGAAAUGACAAUAUAUUAAUUUUUAGCUCAUCUAUUUAAACAAAAAUUAUGAGCUAUUGUCAUCAAAAUGGCGUCGGCGUUGGCGUCGGCGUCGGCGUUGGCGUCGGCGUCCGGUUAAGUUUUGUGUUUAGGUCCACUUUUCUCAGAAAGUAUCAAUGCUAUUGCAUUCAAACUUGGUACACUUACUCACUAUCAUGAAGGGACUGGGCAGGCAAAGUUAGAUAACUCUGGCGUGCAUUUUGACAGAAUUAUGCGCCCUUUUUAUACUUGAAUUGAAAAUUUUGGUUAAGUUUUUGUGUUUAGGUCCAUUUUAUUCCUUAAGUAUCAAAGCUAUUGCUUUCAUACUUGCAACACUUACUAACUAUCAUAAUGGGACUGUGCAGGCAAAGUUAUGUAACUCUGACUGGCAUUUUGACAGAAUUAUGUGCCCUUUUUAUUCUUAUAAAAUUGAAAAUUUGGUUAAGUUUUGUGUUUUGGUCCACUUUACCCCUCAAAUAUCAUAGAUAUUGCUUUCAUACUUGGAACACUCGCAAACUAUCAUAAGGGUUCAGUAAAAGGACAAGUUACAUAACUCUGGUUGUCAUUUUUACGGAAUUAUGGCCCUUUUUUGACUUAGUAACUUUGAAUAUAUGGUAAAAUUUUGUGUUUCGAUCCACUUUACUUCUUAAGUAUCAAGGCUAUUGCUUUCAAACUUCAAAUACUUUCAUGCUAUCAUGAGGUUACUGUACCUGGCAAGUUGAAUUUACCUUGAUCUUUGAAUGACCUUGACUCUCAAGGUCAAAUUUGUUAAAUUUUGCUAAAAUUGCCAUUACUUCUUUAUUUAUGAUAAGAUUUGAUUGAUACUUUGACAAAACUACUCUUACCUGACAUACCACAAUAGACUCCACCCAAACCAUAUUUUAUGUUUGAAAUACCGUCCAACAAUCGCACCCAAGAAUAACCCCCCCCAACCCACCCACCCCC